AUGGCAAAUCAAAAUGAAGAACCAUCGCGGGAAUUUGUGCGAUGGAAAAAAAUAUUGAAUGCGGAUAUAAGACGAAUGAAUAAAGCGAUAAUUACCCACGAAAGGUGGGUUGAUUUUGGUUGAUUGAAGUUUUUAAAUUAAUUGAUUUUUCAGAAUUCGAGAAGAAAUAAAACUUUUCAAGUUAGAAAAAUCAAGGAAAUUACACCGACAAAAUGAAGAUUUGGAUGUAAUGGAGACAUCAAAUAAAGAACUGAUUGAAACUGAUGGCGAACCAUUGAAUAGCUUGGUAUGUGAUGAUCAAAAUGAUCCGAUGCUAGUUUUAAAACAACCAGAAAAUAAUCGAGGAAUGGAUGAUUCACAACAAAAUGGUGACAGAAUUAUUGAAUUGAGAGAUGUGAGUUUUUGGGGUGCAGAUAUAUUUUAUUUAUAUUGUCAAUUCUUAAAAUCCAGAAGCAUUGGAAGAAAUAAUCAAAUAUACAGUAAGCUUCGCGGUUUUUUCGAUUUUUGUAAUUUCAAAUUAGAAAAAUCAAAUUUUUCGGUCCAAAGCAAUUUUUCCCCAAAUUUUUUUCUCGUGUUGAUUUUUCAUUUUCCCUAGUUUUUUCCAAAUUUUCACAUCGUAUGAAAUUGGUUCGUUUUUUAUUUAGAACAUCAGUAUUUUUCAGUAUAUUUGAGGGUCCCAAAAAAUAUAAGAAUGCGUCAGAAAAAAUAAAAAAUAUAAGAAUCAUCUGCAUUACUCAUAUUAGCUUUUUACCCAUUUUGGUCUCUUAAAAUCAAUAUAAAAUUCAAAUUUUUUAGGAAGUUGUCAUUUCUGAUUCUAAUGGAACAAUCAGAAGUGUAUCUGAAGAAUCUUCUUCAACAAUUCCACAAUCUCGUUUCGGAAUCGAUUGGUCGAAAUGGUUUCCACCUCUAACAUUCCACACAUUUUUAUCGCAUUAUUUGCCAGUUUCUGGUGCUGUAUCACAUACACUUUAUACAAUUCAUCUUUUUAGUCCAAAUAUUAUCUCGAGGUUAGUUUUAAAGGGGCUGUCCUUCAACUUGAAAAAGCACAUCCGCAAUUGUGCGUCAGUAUUUUGAACUAACUAAAAGCCUAAAGUUGAUAAAAAUCACCUUCCAUAGUUGCAAAAUGUUGGGAAUACAUUUCGCGAGAAAAAGACACGAAUAACUGAAUAAAACAUACCCUCCCAAGAAUUGACAAUAAGUUAUUGGAUCCCGCGAAUCGCGGAGAUCUCGCCCGUGAUUCCCUGAUUUCAAUGAAUCAUCCUCAACUAUAUAUUUCAUUACAGUUUGUUCCCAACCGGUGAUCUUGCUGUCAGUAAUACGAUUCUUUUCAAUGCAAAUGUGGGACUCGGUUUCUACGUGUAUUUUAGAAGAAAUUUGAAUCGUGUCAAUCAAUGGGAAAGAAUCGAAUUCAGUAUUUUGACAUCGACUAUUUUCAAUUUCAUAAGUUUGCCUGCCGUCGUUUUGAUCAAAUCCAUCUUACCAGCAAAGUGAGUUUUCUCCCUUGUAUUUUGAAAAUGAAAGUUGAUUUUAGAACACAAACAUGGUUAAGAACAUUGAUUGCAACAUCGCUCAGUGUCUAUUUUUUGUCCAGAGCUCAUCGUUAUUUGGGGGAUAGAAAGUAAAAAAAUGGCAGCAUUGCUAUGUCAUAAUUUUAUUCCGGGCGAGUAAACACCCUAUGUAAUUUGUCCCUUGGGUGUGAGCAAAAUUGUUGAUAAUUAUUCAUUUCCGAGUAUAAUUUUUCUCCUCUGAACUUUUCAUGUUCAAUAAACAGUUUCAUUUUUUUUGCUCAAAUCGUGAGAAACUUUCUUUUCAUGUAUUAUUUUCAAUUGAUUUUAUUUCCUCUUUUUCUUCGUUUUUUUUGCACUCAAUAAGUGAUUGAUUGUCCGGUUGUUUUUCAACACGAAAAAUAAAGCGAAAAGUCAACAAAAAUGUACGAAAUCUGGUAGAGCGCAGUCAGUCCACUCCUUAUUUUUUGUUUUGUUUUGUUUUUUAUUUCAUUUGGUUGUCAACACAGUCAUUCAUUCAUUCAUUUUUCUAGUCAAAGAAGAAGUAUGUCGUCGAGUUCACUUUCUUAUAUUUUAAUUCUUUCGAUUUGUGUUACAUUGGUCACUUCGUUGUAUACAAAACAAUGUAGGUUUAUGAAAUCAGAAGGGAAAUAUUCAGAACAGAAUUUAGUUGCGAUUUUUGUAGAAUUUUUGAUGCUCGUAAUUUUAGGCUCGAAAAUCUUGAAUUGUUUGAAAUCUUGAAAUUCUCAUUGAAUUUUGAAACCCGGAAGCUCAAAGCAUAAUUCAACCUCCUGAUUCACAACUGAUUACAAAAAUUUUCUGUAGUAAUUUUUUGAAAUCAAAAUUUUCCAACAACAAAAAUCUUCCUCCUGUGUUUCUAAAACAAAUUCCAAUUUUUUUCCAGUCGAAGUAGUUGGCCCAUGUGUGAAUCUUCAAUGCCCAGACACUUAUACUUGCGCUCACAAUGAUUGUAUUCGAGAGAAACGUAAGAUUUUUAGUUUUAGAUUUCUGAAGCUCUAGUCCCCGAUUUUUCAGCAAUAGCUCGACCGGGUAUCCCAUCAAUCGGUCCAUGUGUCAAUCUUCAGUGUCCAGUUGGACACAUUUGUGUUGGCGAUGAGAAUCAAUGCUAUCCAACUAUGUAA